AUGAAUGUUUCAAAUACCAUUAUUGUUACUUAUUUUAUAGUUAACAUUAAAAUCAAAACUAAAAUUUCUUUUUAUAUUGAAACUGUCUACAAUGAAAACUAUACAAAUUAUUUUAAAUUUCUUUCAAUCAGUGGUAUCCAAGAAUCAGAUUUUUAUUUGUUAUCAAUGUUGGUUGUACCUGAACCAAAGUGUUUCUUUGAAAUUAUGUUGGAUAAUGAAGAUUCAAGUGGUAAUAUUAAAAGAAGUAUUUAUCCAGGUGAGGAUGUUAAAGGUAUUGUACAGGCAAAAAUUGAUAAACCAAUAAAAUUAGAAAAAGUAUCACUUAUUUUUAAUGGAAUUUCUAAAGUUGGUUUUAGUAAAAAAAAAGAAAAUUAUAUAAAUUGUGGUAAUGAUUAUGAUACAGAAGCAUUUCAAAAAUAUGAAAGUUCAAAAGAUUUAGUUAAAAAAGAAAUUAUAGUUUAUAAAGGUAAGAAAAAAGAAACAUUAAUUAAUCCUGGUUCAUAUAAAUGGCCAUUUACAUUUAAAACUGAUAAAAAAUGGCCUGCUACAGUUGUUGGUUUGAUGGGAAAGAUUAAAUAUUAUAUAGUAUUGAAUGCUGAUAUUAUUGAAGAACCAAGAUUUAGUACUAAGAAAAAAGUAAUACUUUCAUCUUAUGCUACUCAUAAAGAUGUUGUUCCAUUAAAAAAAGAAUUUUUAACAAAAAUUGAUUUUCCAAUAACUCAAUAUGUUAAUAAACCUAAGAAAGAAAAUAAGAUAUUUUUAGAAUUUCGUCUUGCACGUAAAUCAUACUAUAUGAAUGAUACUAUUAAUUAUAAAGUUAAAUUAAUUAAUAAUACUCCAUUAAAACCUGAAAAACUUAUAAUAGGAAUAAAACAAGAUACUAGUUAUGAUGGUAUCAGACAAGAUGAACACAGUGGAAUGCCUGAACAAUUUAAACAUACAACACGUGUUCUUUUAUCGUCUACCACUGAAAAUCUUAAAACAAGACAAGAAGUAAUAACUAAAUCUGGAGCUACUGAAAUAGCCUUUGAAGGUUCAUUAGAAUUUAAAAAUGCUAAACCAGAUUUUAAUUUUGAAAAAGGUAAUAUUGAUACAAAAACAUUAGUAGUAGUUACUAUACUACCAUCAGAAGGUGAACAAUUUCCUCAACCGGCAGAAUGUUUCAUACCAAUAUCAAUUAAGAAUAUUCCUAAUAAAACUUCAAAUAUUCCACCAUUAAUAAGAAAAAAAAUAUGUGGUUAA